AACGCACAAACGCGCAACCGAUCAGAUGAAGCGGAGUGCUCGCGUGUGCUGGUAACGCCAGUUCCUUUUCUCUGACUUGGUCGGCAGUAAGUCGCCUUGAACCUUCCAAGUCUUGAUUCGAAUCGUUGGUGAAGACUCGAUAUAAGAUGAUAGAAUAAUCUUCAUUUUCUCCGAAAAAUUUUUGAGUUUUUACUACCGCUGCUCGAUACGUGUACAGUAAAGAGGAAUUUGUUCAAACUUGGCUCAACUCCGUGAAAAAGUGCGGUGUAGCAUCCGUUCGAGUUGAUAUAUGUAUCAAGAUUUUUAUACGCAUUAAUUAACUAUGGAAUGAAGUCAACGCUUCGUCACGUUGUUAUCAAAGCAACCAAAACGACCACCGAGCGACCAAGACUAAAAUCCAGUGCUUUUCGUCAAGGCUAACUUAUUGUUAGCUUGAACAAAAUACGCGUAGUUGAAAGAUUUAAGAAGAGUGAUUUAGGCUACAAUCUGGACACGAUCACAUAAUAAAAACAUAACGGGAAGGGAUGGAAAUAAUUUCGGAAAUGGAGACUCUCCGUGACAAUGAUAAAGGCAACGCCACCAAAAGGAUACCCAUUAUCGAGAUUGCCCGAUCUAAAAGUAAAUAUAGCUACUCCGAAGAAGAAGAAGCAGAAUCAGACGAUUCGAAUUGUAACCGCAGACCCACGCAUUGCCCUUGCAAAACGGAAUCUGUUGUCGAUACUUCAAAUGAAUCAAAAAAUAAGUAUAAAAGCUCCAAAAAGAUACCCCUACAACAGUCCAUGUCGACAGGGUCGGAGACGUCAUCCGCGAGCGUCGAUUCAUGGUCUUCUGGAAGAGUAGGCUGCAAACUGGCAACAAGUUUGACGUCUGUGAAUUCUGAUCAAUUCACUUCCGAUGCCGAAAGUGACAACGAGAAUGACUUGAACAGAGUCAAGAACCAGCCGGAUGAACUUGUUGAUAAUUUCGACAAGCUUACGUUGUUACAUGUUGAUAGAGAACAUGAUACAGAACUCACGGUUCCGAAGAGGAAUAUUGUCAUCAGAAACUUGACUCUAGAAACACCUCGUCGAGAUUCAAAUUCAAAUUAUCAGGCAAACGAUAAAAUUGGCCAUAAAACCGAAACCGGGGAAAGUGACAACUACGUUCACAGAAAAGUUGGCUUCGACGAAGGAAAAACGAAAGUCGACCAAUUGGAGGAUUACACCUCUUCAUCCAGUGAUGAAAGCGACGAUGACAUAGGUUACUGGAACAGUCGUGGUAAAGAUAGUUCUAAAUCUAGUCCUCGUUAUGAUCCGUAUCCGACAGAGAGGCCAUCGAGUACCAUUCCCUACGAACAGCGACUUCUGGCUGAAUCACCGGUCUUAGAAUCAGAAAUUCUGGCAACGAUUGAUCCACAUAUGCUAGAGCACUACUUGCGAGAGGUUGAAUCAAGUCUCACCAGUGUACCUGAUGAAUGUAAAUAUCAUAGCUUGGAAGAACCUACAGCAGAACUCGAAGCCACUAAUGAACAGUACUUCCAAUUGAAUGAUUUCCAUACGACGUGGGAAGUACGUAAUUGCGUAGCACUACCACUGCCUUCUGAUGCAUCAUCAGAUUCUGUAGAUGGUGGUCAGCCCAGCCCACCGACAUACAAUAUUCCUCUUGAGAAUGAUCAUGUACAGAGACUCAGUGAUAAAUUUGAAGAGAAUCUGCCCAUCAACGGCGGCUUUUCAUCGAUCUUCUCGACCGAUCUUGAAAUAGACUCUUUUUCUCACGAUCCGGUAUACGUAAGCUCAACAUCAUUACCUCAACCGGACACCAGAGAUAUGAACUAUUUACCCGGGACUGCAUCGACGCGGAAUACUUCGAUGUACAGUAACAAAAAUCAUCUACAAUAUUCCAAUGUAUCACCACAAGGUUCUGGCAGUGAUAUAAUUGAUCGGCCUGCCUCGGAUCUCUUACCGCCUUUCGAAGUCAUUCAUCCUGCAAGACAGAAACAGCCAGUUUACGUUCAAUCGGUGUCUAUCAAUUCAAAUCGGAGCCAAUCGAAUAUCGCAAGUUCUACAGCACAGAUCUUACUCUGCGAGGGGAUAGCGCCCACGGGAGGUUCUGUGACAGUGAUCAAUCAAAACUCAUUGAACAGUAAUUCACAAAACUCGACGACGACGUUGGAUAGCCAAUUGAAAUCAAACGAAUUCGGUAAAUUGGACAAGUGGCUAAUGCCGCCAUCGGCGACAUCAAGCAGAAAAGUUUCUAGCGCAAGCAAUCAUAUCAUCCCGAUCCCGGUUCGUGAUAUUCAAAGUGCUCCAGCGAAACGCAACGAAAGGCAAAUUCACCCUUGGUAUAAAUACUUGAGGAUACCAGAAACAUCGGCGUCCAAAAGACUGCACGAAAAGUUAGUUCCGGGGGAUCUAGAAAAAGCGGGGAAAAUUCUUUUGGAUCGGAAGUAUAGUUUGGAAAAUUUGCUCCGUUCACCGAAUUUCGAAGAUCAUUCGUAUCUGAUGGCAAUCGUACGAGACCCGAAGGCUCUCGCGUGUGAUCUCAAGUACAUAAUACCGAUCGUUGCAAGAAUGAAAGAAAAGAACCCUGAAUCUCUAAUGAUGCGAAACACCCGUGGAGAAGAUGCUCUUUACCUCUCAGCGAUAAAAUGUCCGGAAAUGCCAUUUGUCGCUGGGUUUUUGGCAGCUAGCAUAGCGGAAACGAGUAUGCGUGACAAAAUGACUCGACGAACUUACGAUGAAGGAAAGAAUAACACAUUGAUCCACGCAUUGGCAGCCAAAGGCGACACUUGCGUAAAUGUUCUGUUAGAUAUUCUUGCUCUGAAAAGUUCCAUGGAUGUUCAAUUUGAUUUGUCGGCGAAGAAUAACGAGGGCAAAACCCCCCUUCACGUGGCUGUGGAAGUUCAUAAUCCAACUGUAACAGGAGUUACUUCGGUGAAUAUGAUCCAAGCAUUGCUUCAACAUGGCGCUGAUCCUACAGUGCCUGAAAACAGAGGUGGAGAUACGGCUCUCCACUUGGCCAUAUCACAACGUCGCAGUGGCAUUGUCCAGGCACUUCUUCGAGCACCCGGCAACUUAGCGGUCAACGCGCAGAAUUAUGAUGGUAACACACCUGUUCAUCUAGCCGCCGCGGAUUCAGAAGUCUCAAUCAUCAGGCAAAAACAAAUAUGUCGAAUGCUGAUCGAUGCUGGGGGUCGCACGAAUAUUGGUAAUAAUAGGCACCAAAUGCCAGUUGUAUUGGUGUCACGAAGUAGAAAAGAAGAGAUAAAAAAUAUCCUUCAUAAAAAGUUAUAAAUUAAAAAUCUAUGGAUACGUGCUCACUGAUGGUUCACGUCAAGAUUUAUUAGGUCGACACACGAUAACGCUUUACAAUUCUACCAACAAGCUUUUUUGAAAGAAUUUUAUGGACAGAACAUGUCCACGUACAAAUCAACGGGAACAUUUUUGUUCAGGCGACACAUAGCUUUAGACUCCGAUUGCUCAAUUUAUACACAGUAGAAGUCUUAUGCAGUUAAAGGCAACUUUUUGCUCUUUAUCCUGUCAUGCCACGCGACGCAGGUGAGAAUUUGAAAAGUUGGAAUACACAUGAUUAUAUGUAUAAGAAAAUGUAGGAUAUAAUGCGUACUUUUCAUUAUCAUAAAGUGACAUUCUCGACGUUAGCGUACAAAGUUAAAGAGGUGAAUAGUCUUAAUAUUUUUAAAAAUGUACCUUAAUGAUACCAAGAACAACCUUGACCCGGCAACGGUGAUGUUUAUCGAUGCGUCAAGAAUUUUAUUUUAAUAAGUUUAAGGAUCAACUCCUGUAUAAAUGUUCAGCGGCGUAACCGUCAGUGCCAUUUCACAAACGGAACUUAAGUUAACGGAAAUUUCACUGACAAUAUGAAACGUGAUUGUUUAGGAUGAACAGAAUUUUAUUCGGUUUUUAUUCGUCAUUACUAGGUCCGACAAACCGCGGUCAGUUUGCGUUUAAGAAAUCGCGGGUAACUAAGCGUGAAACACUAGAAUAUGAAAUAUUCAAUGUUAAAUAAAUUCGAUGUAAUAAAAUAUAACGUAUAGAAUAUGAAACAUAAAAUAAGGAUAUAGUUAAUCAUAAUAUAACUCAAAAAGUAACAAAAUUCGCCUAAAAAGCACCUCUUAUGGAAAAAAAAUUGCCAUGUAGUUUAAUUAAACAAACGUAUUCGAAAA